GAAACAGCGAGCCAGCGUAGCAGGUGGUCUCGAGUACUGUGCUCUGCAUCUUCAAAAUUUCAACAGUAACAACACACGGCCCACUCCUCUCUCUCCUUCCUGUAAUGCUUCAAAGGGGCAACAAUUUUCUGCACAUUCUUCAACUCCUAGCCUCCAUUCCAUCUUCUCGGUAAGCACAAAACUUUGUUAUCUUUUCGAGUUUCGCCCCCCAAUAACCGCAAAAAAACAAGACAGAUGAUACGGCUGUGGGGCAGGGAAGCAUUGAAGUGGUAAAUACGAUUCUCCAGCGUUCUGAGAUUCAUAUUCAUAGCGUGGUCACGAGGGUGGUUGAGAUAUGCAGACGCCAAAAUCAAGAAAUAGCUCAUCUGAAGUACCUCAACGAAGAUCACCACAAUCAGCGUCUUCAAGAGUCCCUCUAAAGAUCUCACCUCGAGCUGGUUCUCAAGAAGUGCCUCGAAAGUUCUCCCCACGAGCUUCCUCUCAAGAUGCGUCUCAGAAGAUUUCUCCACGUGUUGUGCGUAAGCUUGUGCCAACUGUGCCUGAUUCUACCUUGUCCUCUCCUCAUGUAAUUAGCCGGACAAAGGAGAGAAGCCCUAAAGUCAAUGAGAAAAAGUCGCCUAAGAGCUUAGGAUCAGAGAAGCGCCCGAGCAGAGUGAGUGAGUUGGAAUCUCGGGUUUCUGAACUUCAGAAUGAUCUGAAGAAAGUUAAGGACGAGUUAUGUUCAACAGAAGCGUUGAAGAAUCAAGCAGAGCAAGAAGCGGGGGAGACGAAGAAGCAGCUUGCUGCCAUAUCUUCAAAACUGGAAGAAUCCGAGAAGCAGUUGUUGAAACAAGCGGUUGCUGAUGAGGUUUCUGUGACUGAACCUCAGAAGUCCCCCGAGGAACCGGUUAAGGUGGUGGAAUGUGAGCUCGAGGUGACUAACUCGAGCGCACUGGUUUCCGCCUUGAAUGAGAUAAAAGAACUGAAAUCCCAGCUUGAAAACAUAGCGGAGUCUGAGGCUACCCAAACCAAGAACGCCGGACUAGCACAGGCUGAUCUGAAUAACUUGAAGGAAAAUCUGACCGAUUCUCUGUUGCUCGUGGAGGACAUGAAAAUCCAACUAAGGGAUUGCAAGGAGGCGGAAGCUCAGGCGCAAGUGCUUGUUAAUGAAACUCUACUUCAGCUCGAAACCGCCAAAAGAACUGUGGAAGCCCUCAGAUCAGACGGGGUCAAAGCCAUGGAGUUGUACAAUGCUGUGAGUAUGGAGUUAGACCAAUCGAGGGCACAUGUCAAUCUCCUCGAGGAGCUCGUUUGCCAACUCCAGGCUGAUGGUACUAAAUCUGGUAACGACUGUUCUCGGGUUAUAUGUGACCCGAAGAACAGAACAAGUGAGAAAGAAGAAAACCAUGAAAUGCUCGAAUCAGAGAUUACAUCUUUGAAAUCUGAAAUUGAAAGUCUGAGAGAAGCUUUAGAAGCAGCCGAGGUUAAACGCAAUGAAGAACAAACUCGAAGCACUGUGGAGAUCAGAAGUGCUUACGAGUUAGUGGAGCAGAUAACGUCCUCCUCGAGCCAGAGAGAGGCUGAGCUCAAGGGCGAGGUACAGAAACUGAGCCUAGCGAUCGAGGAGUUGAAGGCAAAUCUGAUGGAUAAAGAAACUGAAUUGCAAGGAAUCUGCGAGGAGAACGAAAACCUAGCUUCAAGAUUGGAGAACAGACAAUCAGGACGGAGAGAAUACGAACUGGAAAAGGAGCUUCAGAAAUCAAGACACGAGAUUGAAAAUCUGAAGGCGAACUUAAUGGACAAGGAAACAGAACUGCAGAACAUAUCAGAGGUAAACACGAUGCUCAAGACGAGAGAAUCCAACAGAGGGGAAGUCAACGGGGACGAUGCUACUGAACUGGAGGGAGCCAAUGUGGUAGAGCAAGAAGCUCUCGUAAAGCUCAAGUACUUGAAAGAAGAAGUCGAUAAGAGCAAUCAACGAACUGCUCGAGCGAUGGAGCAGUUGGAUGCAGUGCAGGCCUCCAACGCAGAAAUGGAAGCCGAGCUAAGGAGGCUAAAGGUGCAGUGCGACCAAUGGCGCAAGGCUGCAGAAGCUGCUGCAGCGAUGCUUUCAGCUGGGGACAAUGGGAAAUUCAUCGAGAAAACAUUGCACAACCACAGCCCCGGUUCAGGGAAGAUCAGCCCUCCUUACAACGAAGACGUGGACGAAGAUUUGCUGAAGAGGAAAAACGCGAAUAUGCUUAAGAGACUCGGCAUCUCUUGGAAGAAGCCACAGAAAUAGGAGCUCCUUGCUUAAGAGACUCUCUCACAUAUAUGACAUAUUUAAUGUAAGUGGUGUUCUGGCUUGUUCUAAAUGUGUACUUCAAACCAAACCAUAUGGAUACUUAUUGUGACCAGGUAAGGUAUUAUGUUGAUGUCUAGGUGAUUUUACAUUUGUUGUGGGUUCUUAUUCUGUAUUCAUGCAAAAUAUCAGUUGAAACUUGAAACACUAGACUACUUGGUAGCUGUAAUCCUGAAGUUUCAAUUAGUAUAUAUAUAUAUUUUAAAUC